CUUCUUACCCCAUUUCUAAACAACUCCGCCCAGGCCACCACCUUCAUUUCUUCUCUUCAUCUCUCAUCUAUCUACUUCUCUUUAAUUUCUCCCAAAAUUAAAAGGAAAAAAACACUCUUUUUUCCCAUUAUUCUUAAUUUUGAUCCCAUCCUUUCCUUUCCUUUCCUUUUACAUUAUAUAAAUUUUAUCUUCUUAUUCUACUUACUAUACGUAAAGUAUUAUAGCUAAUUAAUUACAUUAUUAUAUAUUUAACAUACAUAUAUAUAUACAGAAAAAUAUUGAAGAAUGUCUAGCAGGCGUUCAAGACAGUCGUCAAGUGCGUCUUCCAGGAUUUCAGACGACCAGAUCAUCCAACUUGUUUCCAAGUUACAGCAACUUCUCCCUGAGCUUCGCUCUAGGCGCUCCGCCAAGGCGUCGGCGGGGAAGGUGCUGCAGGAGACUUGCAACUACAUAAGGAACUUGCACAAGGAAGUGGAUGAUCUAAGCGACCGUCUCUCUCACCUCUUGUCCACCAUAGAUGCUGAUACCCCAGAGGCUGCAAUUAUCAGGAGUUUAAUUAUGUAACAAUAUAAUAUAAUAUAAUAUAUUUCAAUAGUAUAUAUAUAGCUUCUAUAUCAUACCUGGUAUCAUAUCCUAGCUACUAUAUAUACAAGUAUAUGUAUAUUUCAGUUUGUACGAGCUUAGCUCACUGGCUGAUUUAG